AUGAAGUUUUUUUCUUUAAGUUUAAUCGCUCUGUUGAUGGCAACCAAGACCUUUGGUAAGAAUAUCCAUGUCAGUAAGAAAGGAUUUAUUGAUGAAAUUAAACAACACAGGGGAAUUUACUCGAAUGGUGAAACUAAUUUUGAAACCUGGAGAUCUCCAGAAGGUAAUGGCUACCUUAUUCCUAACAAAAAGGCUACCGAUCCUGUUGGUUAUGACUAUCAAUUAGGAUAUGCUUUGCAACUUAAAGACGAAGGAUUAACCGAAUCGUUGAUCCCAGUCUAUGAGACUAACGUUACGGCGCUAGGAUUUCCCAAGUUUUGGAACAAGUUUGAAGAACCUUGUGAAGCUGAACCAAGAACAAUCACGAUCAUUCUUGACAGCAUUGAAGAAGAAACCAAAGCUUCUGUUAAGAACUCUAAAGAGUUUAUAUUCUUUGGACUUGAGGAUCAAGAUGAGAUAGUUACUGAAACAGUUGUUAAGUUGGUUACUGUUCAUUCUACAACUACUGUAACUAGAAAGGGUACAGGAGAGGCUGCAAAGCCAACUGCGAAGCCAGCUGUAAAGGCAGGGACCGAAUCAAAACCAUCUAUAACUACUGCUCCACAGACAAUCACCUUAGGUUUUGGAAUUGAUAAUGAAACUAAUUCAGGCUACACUAACACAUCUGAGUGGAAUACCUUGGAAACCAGUAUUAGCAACUAUUCAACGAUUUCCAACAAUACGAUGAUGAACGAAGGAUUUCUGGAACGAGCUGUUUCCAAUUCAAUUUUGGGAGCAGCUAUUCUGUUAGGAAUUGGAUUGAUGAUGUAA